CGCGCCCGCCCGCACUCCUGGGAAGUCUCGCGAUGCCGUAGCCGGCUGCUCCCGCUGCGGGUGGCUCCGGCUGUUGCUGUGGUUGCCUGAGUUGCUGCGGCGGCGGCGGGGCCGGUGGAGGUGUCGGCCCCCGGGCGGAUGUUGACAUUGUGUUGUUGUUGCUGAUGGUAAUGGCGGCGGCGGCGGCGGCCCGGACCCCAUCUCCUCUGUAGCCGGAGCGGAGACAGCCAGGAGCGAACUCCGCGGCCUCCGAGCCGGCAGCGCCGCGACUCCCCUCGGCCGCCGCCGCCUCGCCAGCCCGGCCCCCGGCGCCGGCCCCGGAGUCAGGCCCCUCGGGCGGGGGAGUCGGAGGCUCAGGAUGGCGGAUUUCGACGAGAUCUAUGAGGAGGAGGAGGACGAGGAGCGGGCCCUGGAGGAGCAGCUGCUCAAGUACUCGCCGGACCCGGUGGUGGUCCGCGGCUCCGGGCACGUCACCGUAUUUGGGCUGAGCAACAAAUUUGAAUCAGAAUUCCCUUCUUCAUUAACUGGAAAAGUAGCACCUGAAGAAUUUAAAGCCAGCAUCAACAGAGUUAAUAGUUGUCUUAAGAAGAACCUUCCUGUUAACGUACGUUGGCUACUUUGUGGCUGCCUUUGUUGCUGCUGCACGUUAGGUUGCAGUAUGUGGCCAGUUAUUUGCCUCAGUAAAAGAACACGAAGAUCGAUUGAGAAGUUAUUAGAAUGGGAAAACAAUAGGUUAUACCACAAGCUGUGCUUGCACUGGAGACUGAGCAAAAGGAAAUGUGAAACGAAUAACAUGAUGGAAUAUGUCAUCCUCAUAGAAUUUUUACCAAAGACACCAAUUUUUCGACCAGAUUAGCAUUUACUUUAUUUAUAGAGACUUUCCAAGUAUGUUGUCUUUCCAAUGGUGCCUUGCUUGGUGCUCUCCUGGUGGUGACAUAACAUUGGUUCUACAGAAUCGUGUGGUGUUUUUUUUGUUUUUUUUUGUUUUUUUAAAUAACCGCAUGUUCUAAGUGUGCAUUUUUGUCAAACUUUGCAACAGUUAUUUCAUACAGAUGUUUAAUACUUAAGUUAUUGUGCUCUUUUCUGUUAUGUAUUCUGAUUUUCAAAGAUUACUUUUUUGUAUUAUCAAAAAAAUACAUUUGAACUUAGCAUAAAAAGUGGCCAGCCUUUUUUAUUUUAUCACCAAGGUACACACAAUCCUUUACUUAUAAAUUCUUAACAUAGAAAAACACCUUUGUAAGGCUCUGAUCUAUUCUAGCAAGCGCACUCUUUGUAUACUUUUUUUCCUUUUUAAAUUUAAGAUAGUCAUUAUUUUAAAAUAGUAAGUUUUCUUUAUAGCCUUUGGAACCUAACAUAACGUUUGUCAUACAAUUCCUUAUGCUGUUUAUAGCAGAUAUAUCUGUAACAUUAUGAAGACCUAUCAAAAAAUUUUUAAAGUAUUUCUGUCUUCAAAGGUAGUAAGACAGGAUUAAAUUAUUUUUAUUAGAAUAGACAAAUCAAUGAAUGAUAUGCAUGCACCUAAUGGUUACUAGAGCUCAGGAUCACAAAAUAUAGUAACAUACAAUCUCUGUAUAUUUUUGAUCAAGAUGAUAUUAAUAAUGGCCUUACUUGGGUUAUUUUUAUUGUUUAUCAAAUCUUAUAUACAAAAGAAUGGAAGUAUUCGUUUUAAAAAUUUCUAAGGAAAGUAUUUCUCCCAAUCUCAUACAAUCGUAGACUAGAUAUAUGUUUCUGAAAAGUUUUUGAAAGAAAACAAAAGUUCUAGAAUUACAAGAAGCUGGUGUUUAAUACCCCAUUGAUAUUUAGAACAGAUUGUUACUAAGAAAUGGAGGAUAUAUUUAGUACUAUUUUUACCCACUAGUUUCCUUUCAGUAUAGUUACAUAUACCUUUUUUUUGACUGAGAGUGUAACAUAUAAGUUUAAAUCAGAUUAGCUUGUUUGUUUUAAAUAUACACAAAAACACAUACCUAUUUUUUCUCCUGCUUUUGGUUGUACAUAUCUCCAUGCAUUUUAAAAUUUUAGAUUUGUGAAUGACCUAUGUGUAAAUUUUUGUUUUUAUAAGCUUGAAAUUAUACAAGUUUUAAUGUGUGUCAAGAACUUGUUCCAUACAACUGUGGUAUCGAGCAAUAAUGUGAAUAACUUUUGAAAUUAUAUAAACUAUGCUUAAUAAUUUGUAUUAAGAAUUGGUACCACUAUACAAUACUUUUUUUCCUUGUAUUAAAUCUUUUAAAUACCA